AUGGAAUCACUCCAGAAAGAGAUAAUUUUGGUAGAGAAAGUGUGUGAGAUUUAUCACAAAAUUUCAAAGCUUGACACUCUGAAACCCUCCAAAGAUGUUGAUACCCUCUUCACUGAACUAGUCCGCACAUGCGUUCCUCCCUCUUCUAUCAACAUAUCCACUCUCCCGGCUGAUGUUCAAGAAAUAAGGUCAAAGCUCAUAAGACUUUGUGGUGAGGCUGAAGGCCAUCUUGAAGCGUUCUUCUCCACCAUUUUUGGCUCUUUCCCAAAUCCUCUUCGUCAUCCAAAAGAAUUCCCUUACUACUCCAAUUACCUGAAGCUUGGUCGUCUUGAGUUUGACAUUCUUACUAAACACUGUUCUUCAUUUGGACAGGCCUCAAAGGGUGGAUGGAGUGGUUGCCUAAGAAUCCUUGGAACCCAGGUAAAACACCUCUUUCCGGUAACGGGUAUGUGGGGGUGGUGUUCAUGCCGGUGCCGGAGUGCCACCUCACUGUCACCUCAGCUAACCCGCUUCCACUCCCGCCACCCUAAGCGUCUUGCCUUUGUGGGGUCUGGACCCUUGCCUCUCACCUCUAUUGUAUUGGCCUCUUAUCAUCUCAAGAACACCAUUUUUCACAACUAUGACAUUGACUCUUCCGCAAAUUCGAUGGCCUCUCAUCUUGUUUCGUCUGAUUCUGAUUUGUCCCAAAGAAUGGUAUUCCACACUGCCAAUAUAAUGGAUGUGACAGAUGAGUUGAAGGGAUAUGAUGUCAUUUUCUUGGCUGCACUUGUAGGGAUGGAUGUUGAUGAGAAGGUUAAGGUCAUUGAUCAUUUGGCAAAGUACAUGGCCCCAGGUUCUUUGCUAAUGGUGAGGAGCGCUCAUGGUGCUCGUGUCUUUCUUUAUCCAGUGAUAGAGGCACAGCAACUUCAAGGGUUUAAAGUUCUCUCAGUUUUCCAUCCAAAUGAUGACGUCAUUAAUUCAGUUGUGAUAUCACGUAAGAUUGCAGAGCCUGUUAAGGAGAUGUGUUAA